UUAGCCUCCCUUCAUUUCAAUUUCAAGUUUUUCAACUGUUUAAUUUUAAUUUUCAAAUUUCUAUUAUUUUAUUGUCUCUCUGCAACUCUCCUUUGUCUUAAAGAAGACGAAACAAUCUCUUUCUUUUUUCUCUGUUUUUCUAACUUUUCUUCUAAUGUCCAUAGUUACAAAGCAACAAUAAAGCAAAGUUUAUAUAAAAAUCAUUUCUUUUUUUAACAUAGAAAUGCUCUUCAAUCUUGUGUGUGUCAAGCCAUGUGAGUUCACUGACACGGUCUCUUCUUCUUCUUCUUAUUUGUAUUUAUUGUCUUUACCGAGUCACUGACUCAGUGAGUCACAUACGGCAUUCUCUCUGUCUCUUCUAUAUGGAUUGUUCUUAUCCGGCAAGAAGCAGCUCGCCGUUAUCGUAUCGGAAAUCUUCGAGUUUUUCGUCCACUUCUUCGACUUCUUCGUUUUUCAGCAACAAACCAAUGCAUCACAUGAGCUCCUCGUCGUCGUCUUCGUUUUUCAACUCGGGGAGUGAAUACGGUUCUCGAUCCAUGUCCGAUUCGAUGCACUACGGUUCUCAAGGUUACAAUGCUCGCCUGCCAGUUGCUUACGGGUCGGAUGAGAUAAUAGGCGAGCCGUUCGAGGCGUCGAGACCGGGGGAUAGUAUUUCAGUUACAAUUCGGUUUAGGCCCUUGAAUGAAAGGGAAUUUCAUAGAGGGGAUGAGAUCGCGUGGUAUGCGGAUGAGGAUAAUAUUGUGAGAAACGAGUAUAAUCCAGCUACUGCUUAUGCUUUUGACAAAGUAUUCGGACCUCAAGCAACAUCGCAAGAGGUUUAUGAGGUAGCUGCUAAACCUGUAGUGAAGGCUGCAAUGGAAGGUGUUAAUGGAACUGUCUUUGCUUACGGUGUUACAAGCAGUGGGAAGACACACACUAUGCAUGGAGAUCAAAAUGCUCCUGGUAUUAUACCGUUGGCAAUAAAGGAUGUAUUCAGCAUUAUCCAAGAUACUCCAGGGCGAGAAUUCUUACUCCGUGUGUCAUAUCUUGAAAUCUACAAUGAGGUUAUAAAUGAUUUGCUUGAUCCCACUGGUCAAAAUUUGCGCGUUAGAGAAGAUGCUCAGGGAACUUACAUCGAGGGUGUAAAGGAAGAAGUGGUUUUGUCGCCUGGGCAUGCCCUAUCUUUUAUUGCUGCAGGGGAAGAGCAUCGUCAUGUUGGUUCAAAUAACUUCAAUCUCUUUAGCAGCCGAAGUCACACUAUAUUCACAUUGAUGAUUGAGAGUAGUGCCCGUGGUGAUGAAUAUGAUGGAGUGAUCUUCUCUCAACUUAAUUUGAUUGAUUUAGCUGGGUCUGAGAGUUCAAAAACUGAUACAACUGGAAUAAGGAGAAAGGAAGGAUCUUACAUAAACAAAAGUCUACUGACUCUUGGAACUGUAAUAGGAAAGUUAAGUGAAGGAAAAGCUUGUCAUGUUCCAUAUCGUGACUCCAAGCUUACCCGUCUUCUGCAAUCUUCACUAAGUGGGCAUGGACUUGUUUCGCUCAUUUGCACUGUCACGCCUGCAUCUAGCAAUAUGGAGGAAACUCAUAAUACCCUGAAGUUUGCAAGCAGGGCUAAGCGAGUGGAAAUCUAUGCCUCACGUAAUAAGAUUAUUGAUGAAAAAUCACUGAUUAAGAAGUAUCAAAGGGAAAUUUCUGUCCUCAAAGAAGAACUUGAUCGGCUAAGGAAGGGAAUGAUUGUUGGUGUUAAUCAUGAAGAACUUUUGAGCUUAAAGCAACAGUUGGAGGAAGGUCAGGUGAAAAUGCAGUCAAGAUUAGAGGAAGAAGAGGAAGCCAAAGCUGCUCUGAUGAGCAGAAUCCAAAGGCUUACCAAGCUUAUACUUGUUUCUACCAAAAAUACAAUCCCUGGAAGUUUGAGCGAUUUACCUAGUCAUCAAAGGAGGCAUUCUGUUGGUGAGGAGGAUAAACUGGAUCUACGAGUAGGUGAUUCCUUGCUUAUAGAUGAUGAGAAUCAAAAAGAUUCUCCAUCUUUGGUUUCGGCACUUGUUACUGAUCCAUGUUUUGAGUUUAAACACAGAAGAUCCUCCAGCAGGAGGAAUGAUGAAUUCUCACCAGCUAGCCGUACUUUCACUGAGUCUACUCAAGCGGGUGAACUUAUUACUGGGAGUAAACCGCUGGCAGGCCGGAUGACAUCAGAUCAGAUGGACCUUCUUGUUGAGCAAGUUAAGAUGCUUGCUGGAGAGAUUGCACUUAGCACCAGUACCCUGAAACGGCUGGUGGACCAGUCUGUAAAUGAUCCUGACGGCUCAAAAACCCAGAUUCAGAAUUUGGAAAGAGAGAUUCAAGAAAAGAAGAGGCAAAUGAGGGUUUUAGAGCAACGCAUAACUGAGAGCGAAGCUUCAAUUUCUAAAGCAACAUUUGUGGAUAUGCAGCAGAAAGUUAUGAAAUUGAUGACUCAGUGUAAUGAACAGAGUUUUGAGCUAGAGAUCAAAUCAGCUGAUAACCGUAUCCUCCAAGAACAGCUGCAGAACAAGUAUUCUGAGAUCGAGGAAUUGCAAGAGAAGGUGAAUCUCCUGGAGCAGCACUUGGCACCUCUUUCCGGUGACAAAUUAUUAUUGUCAUCCAAAGAGGGAAUAUCUGAAGAAUAUGUUGAUGAGUUAAGAAAAAAGGUCCAAUCUCAGGAGAUUGAAAAUGAAAAAAUAAAACUCGAACAGGUGCGGCUCUCAGAGGAGGCCAGUGGGUUGCGUGUCCAAAAUCAAAAACUUGCUGAGGAGGCUUCUUAUGCUAAAGAAUUAGCAUCUGCUGCUGCAGUUGAGUUAAAGAGUUUGGCUGGUGAGGUGACAAAGCUGUCAGUACAAAAUGGAAAACUAGAGAAGGAAUUAAUAGCUGCUCGUGAAUUGGCACAUUCUAGAAGUUUUGCUAAUUCAACUUUCAAUGGUGUUAACCGCAAGUACAAUGACAGCAUGAGAUCUGGCAGGAAGGGACGGCUUUCUGGCCGCUCUCAAGACUUUUCAGUAGCGGUUGGUGAUGACUUUGAGUCCUGGAAUCUUGAUCUAGAUGAUCUAAAGAUGGAACUACAGGCUAGGAAACAACAGGAGGCAGCUCUUAAAGCAGCUCUAGCUGAGAAGGAAUUGAUAGAAGAUGAGUAUCGGAAAAAAGUUGAAGAAGCAAAGAAGAGGGAGGAAGCUCUUGAGAAUGAUUUAGCUAACAUGUGGGUGCUUGUUGCUAAGUUGAAAAAAGAAGCAGCUGCUGCUACGCUUGACAGUAAUACAGAUGAGCCACACAGUAAUGGUACCGAUAAUAUCGAAGAUCUGAAAGCAAACAACGUUGAGAGUAACAAUGUCCUGAAGGAGAGACAAGUUUCUGAAGUGCCUUCAAAACCAGCUAAUGAAAGACCUAAAGAAGAACCUCUGGUUGUACGUCUGAAGGCUCGAAUGCAAGAGAUGAAGGAAAAAGAGCUCAAGUCCCUUGGAAAUGGAGAUACUAAUUCCUAUAUUUUGUAAAGUAUAUUUUGAGUCACCCACUGCUCCUCUUUUCUCUCGUGUCGGCAUUUCAUUGCCUGGGAUAACCUGUUUCCUAUUUUCAGUGAUAAGCGGGUAUCAAUUCUUUCUUUUAUUUAUCUGUGUAACUGUUUUAAAGGUUAGUGUACCAGAAGUUUGUUCUCUCCUUCACUGAGAAGCAGCUGUAAAAAUAAAUAAAGAGAUUAAGGUUAAAAAUAUUUUUGAAAAAGAAAAAAAAAAGGUUAAUUCAUUAAAAAUUGCAGAUACAAAGUGUUGCUUUGUUUAAAAUUCACAGCAAAGGUUGUGAUCUGUCUUUCAAAACUUUUCAAUUGCUUUGUACAGAAACGAUUUAUUAAAUGUUCUUUUUUCUCUCUUA